AUGUCUGCUCCGGCCGUGAAGAAGAGGAAGGUGAAGGUCGAGCCAGCGAAGAAGCAAUUCGUCACCCCCGUUGUGACGGACGAGGAAGGGCGCAGGUUGAGCCACACCAUGCGAAGCACCGACAAGCUUCAGGACCUCAUACGCUUCUACUACGCCAUGGUGCCCACCGCCGGGGACGGGGAUGGCGUCUUCCUCCACCACGGCAGCCGGCUCCUCUGCGAAGCGACGCCGGCGGAUUACAACCUGAAGGACGGCGACGAGAUCCAGUUCCUCCGGGAGAUCGAGCCGUGCAUGUUCGUCACUCCCGUGCUGCGCGACUCAAAGGGGCGCGAGUUCACCCGCACCAUGCGGAGGACCGACACGGUGCAGAGCUUGAAGGAGUACUACUGCGCCAUGGUGCCUACCCUUCCAUACGCUGAGGCGGUUUUCUUGUUCGACGCCAGGUUCCUUAAUAAUGGUGCGACGCUGGCAGACCUGGAGCUGGAGGAUGGGGAUCAGAUCAACGUUUUUCACCACCAGCCUAUGUAUUGUGGGCUUCCGCCGCAUCGAGAUCUGCUUGUAAGAAAUUGUGCUGAGGACAGGAGAAGCAGUAGUGAUGAACAUCUCAAAUCUCGGUGGGCAGAUCAGUUCAUGGACAAUGUCCCCUGA